AUGGCUGCCCAAAUGUCGCAAGGCAGCCAGCCGCAAGCGAUGGAAAAUGAACCAAAUCCCUUGGCCAACAAUUAUGAUGCCAUGAUGGCCAAGUUGCUACCAAUCGACCCGACCUUGGAGACGGCGGAUCAAUCCCACUUCACCUGGUGUUUACCAAACUGGACGAAAUUAAAAAAAAGGGAACUGGGCCCGAAAUUUGAGUGCGGUGGAUCCAAAUGGUAUGUCGUCAAUCAAGAACAGAACCAGCAUUUAUCUAUCCACCUUAAGCAUGGUUUUGAUGAAGGAGAACUACCGGUCCACUGGAAUGCCUGUGUCCAGUUCUCUUUAGUCCUGUGGAAUACCACUAGCCCAGAAGCCUACAUUUCACAACUUGACAAACCAGAUUGGGGCUUCACAAAGUUUUGUGAACUUCGAAAGCUGUUAGGCCGUCUUGGAGAUAAACCAUCGUUGUUGGGUAACGACGAGGCCAAUAUCACCGCUUACGUUCGCGUAAUCAGAGAUUACACCGGAGUUCUAUGGCACACGUUUCAUAACUACGACUCAAAGAAAGCGACCGGCUUCGUUGGUUUGAAAAACCUUGGCUCCACUGGUUACCUAAACGUUAUACUGCAGUGUUUUUAUUUUACGAACAAAUUCCGCAAGGCUACCUACCAGUUGCAACAUGACGAUAAAUCAGAUGGAAACACUUUCCUGUGGGCAUUGCAACGCCUGUUCUACCAUUUACAAACCAAUGAUCAGUCGGCGUCCCCACUGGAGCUCACCAGAGCACUUGGAUGGGGGCCCAAACAUCUUUUUAUGCAACAAGAUGUCCAUGAGAUGACUCGGCUGCUCAUGGAUCGAUUUGUGGAAAACACUACUUUUUCGGGCAUCUUUCGUGGCAAAACUAAGAGUUAUGUUUCUCUUGACGGUGUCCAACAGUCAAAGAUAGAAAACUUCUGGGAUAUCAGCAUCAACGUCCAGAAUAUCCAAUCCCUCGAAGCAAGCUUGACAGAAUAUAUCCGCGAAAAUGUUAGCGAAGAACACAGAGCGAACGGUAUUCAAAAAACCACUAGCGGCGUUAUCCUUGAAACCUUGCCUGAUGUUCUCCACCUCCAUUUAAAGAGAUAUGCAUAUGACAUGCCCCAGCGCCAACUCGUGAAAGUCAAUGAUUUCUUCGCUUAUCCAGAAGAAUUUGAUGCAUCUCCAUAUCUUUCAGCCGACACCGAUAGGUCUGAAUCCUGGGUUUACCGAUUGACCGGUGUUGUUGUUCACAGUGGUGGUGUCUACCGCGGCCGUUACUGGGUGUUCUUACGCCCUGCAGCAAACAUGCCUUUCUUUAAGUUUGACGAUGAGCAGGUUACUCGUGCCAUGCUAAGGAAUGCCAUUGAAGACAAUUAUGGAGGGGAAGGACGGAUUACGAAUGCAUAUAUGUUAAUAUAUGUCCGCAAAUCAAGGAUUAAUGAUAUCCUUGCUGAUGUUACCACAGCGGACGUACCUGAAUCUAUAAGAAACGGGUUUCUACAAGAACAGGAGGCAGCCGAGCGUCUGAAAAAGGAGCAGGAAGAGCAACACCUCUACUUGCAAAUCACUCUGUCCUCAGUCACCCAGUUCAGUCUCCAUGACGGAUUCGACUUGACCAGCCCUAAAGUGGGUAAUAGUGGCACAGCCACCCUACGCGUCCGUAAAGAAACAUUGGCUAGCGAAUUAAUCCAAAAAGUCGCUAAGAAAAUGGGAUUGGGGCACGGGCAAUGUACCCUAUGGAUCUGCAUCAAUCGCCAGAAUGGAACACGCAGACCCCACGAACCCUUACUUCGCACUAACAUUACCAUGGAGCAGGCAUGCCUAGAUGUAGGAUUCGUCGGGCCCAACCCACAUAUAUGGGUUGAGACGAGCCCCGCUGGCACAAAGAUACCAUCCCCCGUACCCCAAACUACAGAUGGAGGAGUCAUGAUCCUGAUAUUCAUCAAAAAUUUCGACGUGGUCAACCAGACUCUGUGCGGUGUCACAUCCCUCUACGUUCGGAAAGACAGCACAGUUCGCCCCCACAUCCUCACAGUAAUGCAAUGGCCAGAAGAUUCGAGAUUUUCAGUUCAUGAAGAAGUAAAACCUUCAAUGAUCCUCAACGUGGACCCUAAUUCAACUCUCGAACGGGCUGAACUGGGGAACGGCGAUAUCCUCUGUGUUCAAAAGCUAGUGAAGCGCAGCGAGUACCCUCAUAACCUGCUAGCCAAAGAUGUUUCUCAGUACUUUGACAAUCUCAGAAAUGAGAGGAACAAACAGAAAUACACAUAA